AUGAAUUCCUUUUUCUUUUUUGCCCAAAUUAUCGGCACAAUCCCCAUCUCUGCUGUCCUGCUCUAUGUCUUGGUCAAGCUGGUGUCUUUUUUGCACCAACGCCGUGAGCAGGAUGGCUGCGGCUAUGCUGUGCUGAUAACUGGCUGCGACAGUGGCUUCGGUUACCAGCUGGCUCGCUGUUUAGACCAGAGGGGAUUUGUGGUCUUUGCUGGGUGUUUGUUUCCAGAAGGAGCUGGAGCCCAAAGUCUGGCCAUACAAAGUUCCAGUAAUCUGAAAAUCCUCAAACUGGACGUGACUAGUGAUGAAGACGUGCAACAGGCAAAGAAGACUGUAAUGAAGAACCUACCAGAGAAAGGUCUCUGGGCAGUUGUGAACAAUGCUGGGAUCUCAGGCUGGGCAGAGAUCGAAUGGAGCACUAUUGAGGACUUUCACCGUAUGGUGGACAUCAAUUUGUUUGGCUGCAUCAGGACCUCCAUCGCUUUCCUGCCUCUGGUUCGCCCCACCAAAGGUCGGAUGGUUUAUGUUUCAAGCAUCUUUGCCUUCUUUCACUGCCUAAACAUGGGAGCAUACAGUGUCUCAAAGAGAGGAUUGGAAGCAUUUGCAGACUGUUUGAGGGUAGAAAUGGCCAGUUUUGGUGUAAAGGUCAGCAUCAUCCAGCCAGGUAAUUUUGCCGGUGCUACCAACAUAAUGAAGAUGAACACCGGUUUGGAUACCUGGGAGAAACUGGAUGACGAGAGAAAGCUAAUCUUCAACAGACAGUACGUUGAGCUUGCCAAUGAAUACUUCAAAUCGGCAUGCAAGUCUGGCUUCAAGAGCGCAGACCCGGUCAUCAGAGCAAUGCUGCACGCCCUGGUAUCUGCUAGGCCAAAUCACAGAUACCUGCUGGUCUCUACAGUGGACAUGUUCUUCUUUAAGCUUUUCCCUUUUCUUCCUUCUUUUCUUACUGAUGCAGUAUUUUCCCUCAGCUCCAUGUCAGCCAAAAGAAGAGAUAUGCUUUACGCUAAAUGAGAUGCACA